AGUCGAUAAGCGACCGUGAGAGAGGACGGUCGUGUCCAGCCCUCCGGUCCCGCGGCCACCGUCGUGUGUAGUUACGUUUCUAAUAUUUUAGUGACGAUGUGUUAAUGAAGUUUGUUUUAAAGAUAAAAACUUUCAAAUGUGCAAGUGUAGAAAUGUGACCAUAAAACCGCGAACCAGCCCCAAGAUGAAGCGGCGAUCUCUGACGGCCCUCCGCGAUGAGCACCCACCGAAGAAGUCCCGCAGCGACUUAGCGAUCUACGCCAUGGUCACCGCCACAGCUGUUCUCAGCUACGUCAACAGUUUACAUGGCGACUUCGUGCAUGACGACAUCCCGGCUGUGGUCACGAAUGGUGACGUCGUGGGCACGAACUCUUUGAAGCAGUUGUUCCUGGAUGACUUCUGGGGCUCGCCUAUGGCUGACGUGAACAGUCAUAAGUCAUACAGGCCUUUGACUACUUUAUCAUUCAGACUAAACUACGCGUUAGCUGGACUGCGGCCGUGGUGGUGGCACGCUUGCAAUGUGGCCUUACACGCGGCGUGCUGCGCGCUGGUGGCCCGCGCGUGCGUCACCAUAGCUCGCCUGCAACGUCCCUUUGCCGCGCUCGCCGCCCUGCUAUUUGCCGUUCACCCUAUUCAUACCGAGGCGGUAGCGGGAGUUGUGGGCAGAGCUGACGUAUUGGCUUGUAUAUUUUUUUUGUCUUCACUACUUGUUUAUCACAGACCGGCAAACAACAAGAAGUAUGUAUGGCUGAGCGUGGUACUUGGAGCAUUGAGUAUGCUUGCCAAAGAAACAGGAGUCACGGUUCUAAUGUUGAAUCUUAUUUAUGACUUUUAUAGAUGUUGGCCACUUGUCAAAAGGUCGAUUUGCUCAAUGAAAUUCGAAAAGAAAUGCACGGGUCUUUCAGUGCGGACCAUUAAAGUUGUGGUGUCUUUGGCACUAUUAGUGUGCUUCAGACUGGCACUAUUGCAGGGGACGUGGCCAAGUUUUUCUCCUCAAGACAAUCCAGCUGCUUUUCAUCCCAGUUUCUUCGUCCGAUUAAUGACUUUUUGCUAUCUGGCCGCCUUCAACUGGUGGCUGCUUCUUUGUCCGUGGACCUUGAGUCACGACUGGCAAAUGGGUUCGGUUCCCCUCAUCACCAGCGGAUGGGAUCCGAGGAACUUACUCACAUGCGCCGCCUUUGGUGCUCUACUGCUUCUCUGCUACAGGUUUAUUGCCGAUUUGGAGGUUCAAAGACACACUCCUGCAGUAGUAGGGAUGCUGCUACUAGUGAUACCUUUCGUGCCUGCCAGUAACCUGCUGGUGACCGUCGGCUUUGUGAUCGCUGAGCGAGUUCUUUACAUACCCAGUGUGGGUAGCGUGAUCAUCACGGCGUAUGGAGUUCAACUGAUUUGGUACUCCAAGCCUGGUACUAAAGCGGUCCUGGUCAUCGGCCUCGCUGUGUUAGCGGCCAGCGGAGUAGCUAGAACUUAUAGAAGAAACGCUGACUGGCGGGACAGAGCCACGUUGUUGAGAACGGAUUUAGUGACUUUACCGCAGAACGCCAAACUGCACUACAACUUGGGAAACUUCCUUAGGGAGUCUGAGCAGCAAGAAAGCGCCAUCAAGCAUUACAAAGAAGCUUUGAGGUUGUGGCCGACAUACGCAAGCGCCCACAAUAACAUAGGAACCUUGGUCUCCGGGUUGGAGAAUGCAGAACAGCAUUUCCUGCAAGCCAUCAAGUUUAACAAGUACCAUGUCAACGCGCACUACAACCUCGGGAAACUUUACAAAAAAAGCGGUCGAGCAUACCAAGCUACAGUGAUGUUUGAGAAGUGUGUAUGGCUUCAGCCUCGAUUCAUUCAAGCUCACAUAGAAUUGCUGGGCUUGAAGCCGGAGUCGGAGAAGCACAGGAUCCUUGCAAGGCUGGUGGAACUCGAACCUAAUAACUGGGAACAUUUCGUGUUAUUCGGCAAUUGGUGGAGAAAUAACGGAUUGGUGGGACCGGCUUCCAAGUUUUAUCUGGAGGCGAUGAGAUUGAGUUUUCGAAGGCGUGACGUCGAGCUGCCAGUCAGGAGCGAUCUAAUAUCGUUCAGAUCGACCGCUUUGAUGUACAGGUCGUUAGGACAGAAAUCGAGAACACUACAGCUUUUGACAAGAUGGCAUACUUGGCGCCGUGGCUGGCCUAGUGCCGCUGCAGCCCACAUGUAUCUAAGAGAUUGGAGACUCAAAAUGGAACUCGAAGGUCGAGUACAAAUUUAUUCUAAAGCUGUCAAUCCUACAAAAUCGACAAAGUGUUUCGACCACGCGCAACUGACAGUGGAAACCGCUACCACUUACACUAAUAAAGUACCCAAAAUAGAAGAAACCGUUAAAAUAGACGAAAAAAACAAUUACAAUAAAGUUGCGAAGAAAGGUGGAGAUGUGAAUUCGUGCGAGUGUAAAAAAUGCGGGACCAAAAAACGCAAUAUAUCUGUGCCGUCGCAAAUUAAAACAACACACAACAAAUCAGAAACAGGACUGAAAGACAAACAGUGCGUGAGGAAAGACGAGACAGUUAAAAAUGACGCCAUUCCCACUAAUAUGAUAGGUACGACGAUAACUGAACAUUUCCUUAUGAAGACUUUCUGAAGUGUAUUUAUACUAAUGGAAUUCGAUGAGGCGGAUGGCUUAACUUAAAUGGCAGAUGUUAAACUUUGAGAUACACUUUCAGAUGACACCGAUUUAUAUUUAGAUACGAUUUUAAGUUAAGUUUAUUUACGUUGAAUAAUUUCUUUUUUUUGGUCGUGUAGAUUAAAAAUUGGAUACUCAUUUUUUUUUAAGAUUUUUAAGAAUCUAUUUCUAUAAAUAAAUAAAUUUAAUGUAUUACUUAUUACUCAGCUAACUAUUGGAAUCAAAGCGAUUGUGGAACUCUAGUUAAAGAUCUUGCUUAAGUUGUACAGAGGAAGUAAGAGCGUUAUUAGCUUAGUGAGUAAAUCACUCAGCGUAUGCUUAUAGAGUCCCUAAUGCUACUAUAUAACGUAACAGAUUCCAAUUAAAGUAAAAGGCAUCAAACAAAGACUUGCACGGAUACGGAAAUUGUAUUGUUUGUGUCAUUUUUGGUGCUGUAUAUCGUUAACGCAGUUCGGUGCAGCAGUUCAGUGUCUCUUUUUCAAAAGUGGAACGACGAUGAUUACAAUAUAACGAAGGGGCAAUAAUCGCUUUUUCAGGAAGUAUACUACCGUUUAUUCCAGUAAAAUGACUGAAUAUAAAUUAUGAUUAUGAGUUACUAUUAUAAAUGAUAUCUUAUUAGAAUAGAACAAUAUUGAUAUACAUUUAUUUUAAGUAAGUCAGUAUUAUUUCAUAGUUUUUUAAGAAUAUGAUACAAGAUUUAAUGCCAUUAAACUUUAACAGAGAAUUAUGUACGCCUCUGAGAUUUUAUGACCUGGUAACUAAGACUUUUGGUAAUGUCUUAUUUUAAUUUAUAUUCUUAUUUGUAUGAAAAAUGAUAAUAUGGAGUGAAAUGAAAUUAAAUGAGAUGAUUAAUUUGAGAUAUUAGUCAAUUGGGAUGAAAUGAAAUGAGAUGAGAUGAUAUAAUUUUUUCAGUGGACUUUUUGGAGAUCCCGAGAAGUUACGUCCAGCGGCUUUGUUUCAUUUUCCCACAUUUGUGCACUCUCACAGACAUUAAACGGUUAAUAAACCACCGUUAUUACACAUUUAAACCUGAAGAAACACUAAAUAGACAAAAUAAAACAAAUCACACAACUUCACUCCUCGCGUUUCCGCCAAAAAGUUCCCAGAUCACAUUCAUAACAUUAAUGUCAUAGAUAAAAAAGCACUUAGUUAUUUCUGCAUUUUAGUAUAAGCCAUCUGCGUCGACUCCAAAUGCUAGAGCAGAAUCGAUUAUGAACGUGUGAUAUAACAGUGUGUUUGCAUUACGGUGUGGCAAAUCAACGCUUGAAUGUCUUAUAUUUUUUUAAGGUACAUCUAUAACACUAGCUAUAGGCCGCCGACAAUAUGCAAAUUAAGUUAAGGCUUCUUUGGGUUUAAAUUAUUCCAUUUGAAUACACACGUAUUCAGAAGUAUUUGAAUAACAUUUUAAACUAGCCAAAACAUUACAUUGGUAAUCUCCGAUUUUUUAGAAGAUUGGAAGUUGGGUGAAUAAAAGUUCACUGUCCCACACGUUUUUCUUUUAUUGGUUAAUGAAUAUUUAUUAUUGCAGCUUUAAUGACAGUACCACUAAUAACUGUUGCUUUUAGUUUCGGCUCUUUAGUCCAGGGUUCACGUUAAAGUAAUUUAAGUUGAAAAUCAGCCAUGAUGAUGAUGAGAUGCUUCUUCUGGAUCCAAAGGUUGACCUACCACCUCUUCUAGUGAAAACGUCUGGACCGAUUUAAAAUCGUCAUUUUUAAUAAUACUGCCCUUCGAGUAAUAAUAAUACAUUACCAAUAGGCGAAUUGAUGAAGAGACACUUAAAUUCAAUUUAUUUGAGUGUCUACUAAUAAAUCUAAUAUUUCGUUAGAUAAAUAAUAUUGAUAAAUUAUUUAUGGUUGUUGUAAAUAUAAGUAAUGUUUCAAAUGGGAUUACUUUGAACUCAAAGAUGUUAGAUAGCGUGACUAAAUGGUACGUAGUAAAAACUUGUAACGAAGAAAAAAUGAAUAUAUAUUUUUAUCAUGUCGUUUUGGGGUUUGGGUGGUUUUCAUAUGAAAAUGCACGUGUUUGUACGCUGUUUUGAUUAGGAUGUUUGAUUGCGUCGUCAAAUUUGUAUUGAUUAUAGGCAAAUCAAAUAAAUAAAUAAAUAUCAUUAAAAAUAAUUCUUACGGGAUAUUUUAAGGAAGUCGGAGAUUUAAUAGUAAUGAUUAUAAAAAGAAGAGUUCAUAAUAAUCUUAAUAUCUGGAGUUUCUGAGGUACCACGAUAACAUAGCUUAAUUAUGGUUGUGUCGUCUGUCGGUUCUGAGAUUAUUAUUUAACAUAUAAGCAGUGAUUUUGUACCCGAAUAUCUUUGGCUUAUUUAUCUGCUAUUUACAAACAACAAUACAAAUUUGACAACGGAAAAUAUGUAACAAAAUUGCUAGGCCUUGUCAUUAAUAUAAUUAUGUAUGUAUAUGAAAAAAACAAUAAGCUGCUUGACAUAAUAUUUAUUUCAUAAUUUAUGAAAAUGUUCAUCUAACUCGUUGCCAGAAUUAUUAUGAACGCACUAAGCAAAUUAAUUGUAGGUACAGCUUGCAAAAAAGAUGUAUUGUUAGAUAAAGAUCGAAAGCUGAAUGAAGGCUGCUUUGACAUUCUGGGAGAAGAGGGUUAUGUGCUGUAUACAGUGUAUUGCACUAUACUACGUGCAUUGAAGAUCACGUGUCAGAGAUUAGGAAUCUGGCUAGCACAAGUUUUAUCGAUAAAUUUUUAUUGAUAAGCGAUGAAAAGAUUUUGUAUCUUAACUUUUAUUUUUGAUCUAUUCUAUAUUAUAUACACAGGCUAAGCUUAAAAUUGAGUAUACUUAAAAUUAGGAUGUGUUUCUGAAACCUAAUUUCUGGUAACGAGUUAUAAGUGUUUCUAAUAACAAAAACAAAAGUUUGAUAAGAUGUACAUAAUAUGAGUAUUUUAAGUUAGUUUUUAAAAGCACGUAAAAGGGCUUUGAAUGUACUGAAAUUAAACAAGUGAAUUAUUAA